UGAAUCGAGGAUGUGCCGAGUCAACAAACCUACUACGCGGUGCUUUCGAACUCGGUUUGGAAGGAGCAUGGUAUUUGUUAUCGGUAUCGUCACAUUGUACAUGACAAUAUUUUCUCAUGGAGACCCAAUACCCAAGCAAGACCCAAGCAGUGUACAAGACACAAAAGGAAUGUUAAUGAAACAGUAUAGCCAAGAUUUCUUUUUCAACUUUGAGAGAAAUUUUUCAUCUCACUACUUUCAGGAACUGAACGAAAAUCCAUUGAAUUCUCUAGUUAAUUCACCUUUGAGUACUUUUAUUCCUAUGUCCAUGCUGUCCUAUGGAGCUCGGGGUGAAACCAGAAAGGAUUAUUUAAAUGCAAUUGGCCUUCGCGAGAAUGAAAUACCCAUUGCUAGAAAGGGUUUUCAAAAUUUUUUUGAACAAAUGACGAAAUAUAAUGUGGACAUAACAACAAAAAUGUUCGUUCAAGAAGAAUUUCCGCUAGAUCCCACGUUCCAGGACUUAAGUCAAACUGCCUUUAAGUCAGAAAUCGAGGAUGUAGAAGCCGACGAAGGAUUUAUAGAUACCGACAUAAUUAGCGACUGGAUCACUAAACAUACAAAUGGUACCAUUCUGAACCAUUUCCGAUCAAUGGAAAUUGGCUGUGAUACCGCCAUCUCUUUGGCAAAUACUAUCUACCAUAACGGAGCUUGGAAGGUGGGAUUCGACAAGUCUCGUACCAAACUUCAUGAUUUUUAUGCUUUCGGUGAUUCACCAGUCAGAGUACCAACUAUGAACACAAUCGGUCUUUUUCCACAUGGUCGAAUAGAUGAAAUUGGCGCGAAAUUCAUCGAGCUCCCUUUCAAGAGCGAUAGCAAAGACCAGGAGAUGAGCAUGUUCAUUAUAAUGGCGGAAGAGCUGGACAAAUGGAAGGAAAUGAUACUGAAACUUAAAAACAUGGAUUUGAAGAAGCUUCUAAACAGUGUCGAGGAAGAACUCGAUGUUUAUCUCCCGAAAUUCACAUUGAAGAACACGCAUUAUCUCGAUCAUCCAUUUCAAUCGAUGGCCAGAAAACGCAUUGUGAACGUUACUGACAUUUCUGGCAUUAUGAAGUUGCCCGAUUCGGCAAUAAUCAGCUACGCUUUGUCGAAAUCCAUGGUAAAUGUCGACGAAACAGGCCAUCGAGCUGCUCAAUUAAGUAUGAUAGCUUACAGCACUAGAAAUUGCAACAUUUGCGAUAUCUACACCAAUCAAUUACACAGUUGUCGCACAGUCGCCGCUGCCAGGGAAAGUGAAUGUAAUACAAAGGAGUUUACGUCUUCGAAACGAAGCACUCGAGCCGUUUUACCGGAGUUUAGGAUCAAUGGUCCUUUCGUUGCCAUCAUUAUGACAAAGGGAAAUGUUUUUACGGACAUAUUUUCUGUUAAUUUUUCUGGCUCAACUCUAUAUUUUUCGUAAGAGCCCCUGGCGAGGAAAUAAGAUCUUCAUAUAAAUAGGAUAUCGAGAAACAAAACUUUAAACGAUUUCUAUUAAUAUUAAGGAUACAAAUUGAAAGCUGUAAUAUAAUUUAAAUAGUACAUAAAUAAACAACCAAUCAGAA